AUGUGGUUACGCGACUCAGCGAACCAGAUCCUAUCCUACCUACCAGUCCUCCAAGCAUCUGAGGAUCCCAACUCCUUGGCCGCGCUGUUUCGCGGCGUGAUCAACGUACAGUCUCGUUACAUCAAAAUCACCCCUUACUGCCAUGCCUUCCAACCACCACCAGAGUCGGGCAUCAAUGUUGAAUUUAAUGGUGCAUAUACAAUGAAUACUGUGCGUAUGUUUGGGAAGCUGGGAUAUGAUCAGAAAAAGACGUUCGACUGCAAAUGGGAGCUUGACUCCUUAGCUUCGUUCUUACAGAUUUCGUCUGAUUACUACAAUGCUACUGGGGAUAUCGGGCCAUUCGAGAAGUAUCUGUGGAUGGACACAGUUGAGGUAAUCCUGGCAGCUGCAGAAGCUAUGCGAACCGCGACGUACACACCAGAUGGGCACAUCGCACCCAGCGGGUACACCAUGAAAGGCAAGACGGAUAGAGCUACAGAGACGACUUCAAACGAUGGCAUAGGUAACCCUGUCAUCUACACCGGUAUGGUGCGCUCGACCUUUCGCCCCUCAGAUGACGCAACCAUCUUCCAAUACCUAAUACCCUCCAAUAUGAUGUUCGCACGGUACCUCGAAGAGGCUGGUCUCAUAAUGCAAAGAAUGGAUACGCAGAGAAGUAGAGAUCUAGAAUCGAGAAUGCAGAGCAUGGCCUCGGAGAUACGCGCUGGAAUCACGAAAUACGGCAUAGUGUCACAUCCACUCUUUGGUGCUAUGUUUGCUUUCGAGGUCGAUGGUUAUGGUAGCCAGAAUACCAUGGACGAUGCCAACCUGCCGAGUCUGCUGUCAGCAUCCAUGAUGGGCUACGUUAGCCCGCGCGACGAAGUCUACAUGAACACAAGGCUGUUCGCCCUUAGUGAGGCCAACCCAUACUGGGCGUUUGGCAAUGUCUUCAACGCAAUUGGAGGACCGCAUACGGGGCCUACGAAAGCAUGGCCUCUGGCUAGCAUCGUGCGCGUCUUGACUAGUGGGGAUAUAAAUGGGGAGGAACAGAGGGACGAACUGAGAACGAUCUUGGGUACUACGGGCGGUCUUGGUCUUAUACACGAGAGUGUUGAGUCACACAACGCUAAAGACUAUACUCGGUCAUGGUUCGGCUGGGCCAAUGGUAUGUUUGGCCAGAUGAUCCUCGACAUCGAAGCGCGAAUGCCCCAUAUUCUGGACGACAGCUAUCAAUAA